UAUAGACAGGAAGCUAUUCCGUUUCACCCAAAAGAUUUGGCAGUGUUAAAAAAGUGAAGGCCGAAGUUAAUCUAACAGUUUAUCGAAGACCAAUACAACUGUUCCACUCGAAUACUUAAAGACCAAUGCGCGAGUGACAACGCAUGUGUUUCCAUACGAGUAGGUACAAUUUAAUGCUCCUUAAUGCUUUUAUAACAUAGGAUAGCUACAUUUUACUUGGCUGCUAUUUGGCCAGAAAACAACAAACGUGGCAGCCAGUGGUUGACCUCAGGAAUGUCCUGUUGACCAAACCCUUGUUUCAGUGGGCAUCAGUCAGUAAGUUUGCCAGGCGAUGGCCCAGGGCAGUAGGGUCCAGUAUGAGCCUGUGGCUGAGAUAGGUGGAGGGGCUUAUGGGACGGUGUAUAAGGCUCGGGACAUGGAGAGUGGCCAGUUUGUAGCUUUGAAAAGUGUGCGUGUCCAGACGGAUCAAGAUGGCCUCCCUAUCUCUACGGUCCGAGAAGUGGCUCUGCUUAAGAGAUUGGAACAGUUUGACCAUCCCAACGUGGUCAAGCUUAUGGAUGUGUGUGCCACCCUGAGGACAGACCAGGAAACUAAAGUAACACUGGUGUUUGAGCAUGUGGACCAGGAUCUCAAGACCUAUCUAGAGAAGGCCCCGGCCCCAGGACUAUCCCCCUGCCGCAUCAGAGACCUUAUGCGCCAGUUAUUGUGUGGCCUGGCAUUCCUCCACUCAAACCGUGUAGUGCACAGGGACCUGAAGCCAGAGAACAUUCUGGUAACCAGCAGAGGCCAGGUGAAGCUGGCUGACUUCGGACUGGCCAGGAUCUACAGCUGCCACAUGGCCCUCACCCCUGUGGUGGUGACCUUGUGGUACCGGCCUCCAGAGGUCUUGCUCCAGUCCACCUAUGCAACGCCUGUGGACAUCUGGAGCACUGGCUGCAUCUUUGCAGAGAUGUUCCGGCGCAAGCCUUUGUUUUGUGGAGAAUCAGAUGUGGACCAACUGGGAAAGAUUUUUGAGGUAAUUGGCUUACCAUUGGAGGAAGAUUGGCCUGCUGAGGUCACACUCUCACGAAAUAAUUUCAGUUCUGUCAGCCACCGACCAAUUACACACUAUGUUCCAGAGAUCAAUAAUCAAGGGGCAGAACUUCUGCAGGAAAUGCUAACCUUUGACCCCUUGAGAAGAAUCUCUGCAUUGAGUGCUUUAGAACACAAGUAUUUCUUGGAGGAGGAGACAGAGACUUAGGUAAAGAGCUGAGAUGAAUGGCAUAGAGUGACAAUGUGCUAGUGUCGCCCUGACGUCACUACAUGUUCCUUGUCACUCACACAGUGCAUUUCAGACUAUUGUCUGUUUGGUCAAUGUAACUAGUACCACACACCUCUAUGGACAGAUGCAACUGAUGGAUCCCUCACUGAAGUCUUAAAGAGGGAUGUGAAACUGAAGAAGGAUGCUCAAGCUUCCCUUUCAUUCCCUAGAUGAAAUGUUUAUUGAAGCACCCCCUCAACCUGGACUGAUAGCCAGUGUAAUUGGUGCAGUUAUCUAUAAGCUCAUUAUGUUUUUGAUGCAAACAGAAGUACACACCCGCUAACUGGCAAUUGUUAAACAGGUUACAGGGCCAAAGAAUGUUAUCAAGUAUUUCUAUUUCAUUCCAUGAAUUGCAUUUUACCAGUGCUACAAGAAUAAAUACAUGCUGCUCAA